CCCAUCCCCAAGCAUUCUCUGCCUGUGAUACGAAACGUCCAAAUCAUCUCAACCCUAUUCUCUAGACAUACUGGCUCGGUGGCUGAUCUCCGAUCAUUAUGUCCGCCGUCCCAGACACAAAAGCGCCAGACAAGACGGCGAACUUGAACCCCACUCGGAGCCUGAACGACAAGGACGCCGUCUUGACCCGUGAGCAAUCUGCAGCACUUUUCCACAUUCUUACCCACCAUGAGACAUACGCGGAGAUUGAAGCCCUGAAGCACCCGGGCACCAUUUCUUUGUACGGCCAUCCUUUUGUCUCCUCCUCCGCCGAUGUCACCAAGUCGACGCCGGCCUCCGGAUCCGGCCCCUCCCCCUCACCAGUUCUCCAGAUCCUCGUCCACCGGUUCCUCCUCACCCUCCCGGGAGCACGAGACAUCCCCGACGAAUUCUGGUCUGUCCGUGUGCAAGGCCUGCUGACCCGCUUCGCCGAAGCCGACCUGUCCGAGAGCUAUGACAAAGGUGCCCCAGGUACCAGAAAGACCCUGGCGACCGCCUUAUCCACAAUGGUCGAGGCUAUCGUCAGGGGCUGUCUGGGCGGAUGCCCCGCCGCUUGGGGGGAGGGGACGGUAGAAGGCGGGCGGGGUGGCGAGGCUGCGUACGACCAUGGCAAGGCCGAGGACCUGGAGCGCGCCUUCCACGAUGUCCUGCACGCGACGGUAUACGGGACGCUUCUCGACGACUUGUCGGGAUGGUUAGGCGAGACAGCUGACUUGGACAGCCAUUCGCCCAUGGUGGGCGCCUUGGUCGAGUACGCCAUCUUGCACAUUGCGACACUGUUCCACUACGUCUUCGUCCUGUCGCCUGAGGGCCAGUACCUGCUCAAUCUUAUCGAGAAUGUUCACAGCAUGCUCCCCUAUGCGGUGAUUCGCCAGACGCUCCGCAUGAGCAAUGCAGCGACGAUGAUGACCGGCAUGCUGAAGUUGUUCCUAUCGAAACUGAGCGUCUCUAGCGUUACGAAUUACCUCGGCCUUACCAAAAAUGCCGAGGACGGCAUGAAUCUUCUUCAAAGGAUUAUAUCGGUUAUUCUAGGUUGGGACAGUGCCGAGUCCCGGAAGACGGUGGAGCAGAUCGAGAAAGACGAGAAAGGUCCAAGCAAGGCAUGCCUCACCGCCAUCCGAGAGCACGUCCAGAAACCGGCAGCAGACCGCACCGCCUUGCGAGAGAGAAGUCGGAAGGAAUCCAAGUCGAUCGUAGCAACGAUCCUCGAAACCACCGACCCUAGCCUUGUCUCUGGUCUCUCCGAAACACAUCACGCGCAGUGCCAGGAGUACCACGCCAACCUCCUGUCCAUCCGAGACCGCGAAGCCAUCACGCGUGUGCUAUGCCAGCAACAGCCCGAUCUCUUCACGCAAGCACUCCGAGACUUCGUGUCUGGGUUCGAGCCGUACAUCCGCAAGAUACACGACAAGGUAGACCUACGGGAACACGUGCAGGACUAUCAAGACUUUGUGGACCAGUUCAUAGCAACGAGCAAGCCGAAGAAACCCGAGGAGGAAAAAGCGAAGAAAACAAACGGCGUCACAAAGGAUGCCGCCACCGCGCCGCCACCGGAAACGACCAAGGCAGAAACGCGACCACCGUCAGUGGAAGACUACGUGGCGCUGCUCCGGAAGAACAAGCACAUGCUCUACAAGUGGCUGCACAACGGAGCGAAGCAGGCGCCCGAAGUACGCGACACCUUCCGCGACUGGGCGCGCGAGGCACUGGUGCAUUUCCGCAAGCCCGGCGUGCCGGUGACGACGAAGGGGUCGUCGGCGCACACGGAGGGCACGAUGCAGGAGCGGCUCGAGGAGGCGUUUGCGGGGCUGGCUCCGGGGCAGAAGGAUGCGCUGCGGCCUGUGCUGGACGAGCAGGCGAGGUACCUUGACGCGGUGGCGGCCAUGUCGCGGGCGCGCAUGCAGCAGAUCCUCGAUGGGAAAACGGAGACGAUGGCGGGGCCCGGGGCGUUUCUUGUGAUGUGGCAGGAGUUGCUGGACCGGACGGUCAUCACGCCUGGUGCGGCGAAGGGGCCGGCGCGACGUGGCAGGGACGUGAGGAACGAGUCGGCGGGGAACGAGGUUAGGGAGGGAGCGGUGGGCGGGAUGCCGGUUGCCCCGGAUGUGAGUUCCGUUGUCGAGGCCCUAGGGCCUAUUUUUUGCGCGCUGGCGAUGAAGGUUGGGGAGGGGGACGAUGAGGGAAGCGAUGUGUCGAUUGACUGAUUGACCGGGCUCUUCCAUUCCGAGGAAGUUUUCUUCAAGCAAUCAAUUAAUGGAAAAGGUAGAAGCAGUAGAAUAAAGGGUGGAAGUGGUCAGGCGGUGGCGGGUUGAGAUGAUGAGAAUUGGCGUUAUUUUGGCUGGAUGGAUGUUCAGGUUCGGGCAUGAAUAGAUAGAAUACAGUGAGGCAUAAUGAGGAACGGACUUGGAAUAUUUUAAUUGAAGGGAUUGAUGCGAC